AUGUCUCUCGAAGACCAGAGUAUAAAGCCGAAUUCGAGGCACUGUUUAUUUCAGCCGGUAACCCACUGCAUCUUCGAAUUGGAUGGCUUGUUGAUAAACAGCGAAAGAUUGCGAAGUGAGUCCAUCCAGAAGAUCCUCGAUCCCUUUGGGCACACCUUUGGCUUCGAUCUGAAGAUGCGCUGCAUGGGCAAGCCGUUGUCCCAACAGGCCGACCUCAUUGUGGCCAACUAUAACCUGCCCCUGAAUCGCACAGAGUUUGAGCAUCGGCUCAAGCUGUUGAGUCGCGGCGACCUCGGGCGCAUCAAGGUGCUGCCUGGCGUAGAGCGCCUCUUGAAGCAUCUACAUGACUUUAAUAUCCCUAUGGCCAUCGGGAGUAGCAGCUGUCGGAACUCAUUUAAUGCUAAGACACUUCGCCACCCCAAACUGUUUGACGUCUUCCACCACGUGGUUCUCAGUGGGUCCGACGAAGAGGUUAAGAGGGGAAAGCCCGCCCCAGACAUCUUCCUCACAACGGCCUCACGAUUUGAUGAGAGACCAGAGCCCGCCAAGUGCCUCGUUUUCGAGUCAUCACUGUUGGGAAUGGAGGCUGCUCUGGCCGCAGGUAUGCAAGUGGUUCUCGUUCCCGAUCCCCUGGUCUCCAUCCGGACGAGUGCUCCGGCCACUUUGAGGCUGAGAUCUUUGGAGGCCUUCAGACCCCAGUAUUUUGGACUGCCGCCAUUAUUAGGGUCUUCUUAGAAAUUGAUUUGUGACAAAAAUGCAGGGAAGAAAAUACA